CGGGCCAGAGAGAGGCCUUGUAGGCACUGCCGCGGAGGCUCGAUCGCCUCCGAGUAGGGGCUCCUUCCCGGAUCGGAACCCGGGGAUCCGUGCCCGCCGAGCCGCGACCUAACCCCCUCCCAGCGCUCGGGCCGACGGAUGAGCUGAAGAUGUUUUAAUGACAUCACCCAGCUAGAAGUCAGAAGAUAGGCUCUUUGGAAAUGACCAUUAAGAAGUAGAUUCCCAGAUGCAAAGUGAUGAAACAGCCAAUUUGUCAUAAAGUAAAAUGCAGCUGUGGCUUUUCAACCAGAUUAGAACAAAAUUGUAUCUAUUUUUCUCAGAAGAGAAUUCUACAAGAGAAAACAGACAUGAGAGGAAUCUCAUUUAAAUUACAGUGCAAGGAAUUUAGAUUAGACAAAGACUUUCCAGAAGAUAAAGUACCACAUAUUGAAGUGAUUUGUUAAGUCAUCAAACAAAAAAACAUGGUAUUUUGAAGUAUGAUUAAACUCCUGAUGCUGCAGCAGAGGCUAAGAAUAUUAAUGGCCAGAUCUAGUGCUCACAUGGUCUUCUGAAAGAAGCCAUGGGUAGCUGUUGUAGCUGUCCAGGUAAAGACACUGUCCCAGACAACCAUCGGAACAAGUUUAAGGUCAUUAAUGUGGAUGAUGAUGGGAAUGAGUUAGGCUCUGGCAUAAUGGAACUUACAGACACAGAACUGAUCUUAUAUACGCGCAAACGUGACUCAGUAAAAUGGCACUACCUCUGCCUACGACGCUAUGGCUAUGAUUCGAAUCUCUUUUCUUUUGAAAGUGGUCGACGGUGUCAAACUGGACAAGGAAUCUUUGCCUUUAAGUGUGCUCGUGCAGAAGAGUUAUUUAACAUGUUGCAAGAGAUUAUGCAAAAUAAUAGUAUAAAUGUGGUGGAAGAGCCAGUUGUUGAAAGGAAUAAUCAUCAGACAGAAUUGGAAGUCCCCAGAACACCUCGAACACCUACAACUCCAGGGUUUGCUGCUCAGAACUUACCUAAUGGAUAUCCCCGAUAUCCCUCAUUUGGAGAUGCUUCAUCCCACCCUUCAAGCAGACAUCCUUCUGUGGGAAGUGCACGCUUGCCUUCAGUAGGUGAAGAAUCUACACAUCCUUUGCUUGUGGCUGAGGAACAGGUACAUACUUACGUGAACACUACAGGUGUGCAAGAAGAGCGGAAAAAUUGUGCAAGUGUGCAUGUCCCUUUGGAGGCAAGGAUUUCUAGUGCUGAAAGCAACACUCCAAAAGAAGAACCUAGUAGUAUUGAGGACAGGGACCCUCAGGUUCUUCUUGAACCUGAAGUAGUCAGAUUUGUCUUAGGACCAACUCCUGUUCAAAAGCAAUUAAUGGAAAAAGAGAAACUGGAGAAAAUUGGAAGAGAUCAAGUCAGUGGAAGUGGUGCAAAUAACACAGAAUGGGACACUGGAUAUGACAGUGAUGAACGAAGAGAUGCGCCCUCUGUUAACAAACUGGUGUAUGAAAAUAUAAAUGGGUUAUCUAUCCCUAGUGCCUCAGGGGUCAGGAGAGGUCGUCUGACAUCCACCAGUACCUCAGAUACCCAGAAUAUCAACAACUCAGCUCAGAGAAGAACUGCAUUAUUAAACUAUGAAAAUUUACCAUCUUUGCCUCCUGUUUGGGAAGCCCGCAAGCUAAGUAGGGAUGAAGAUGACAAUUUAGGACCAAAGACCCCAUCUCUAAAUGGCUACCAUAAUAAUCUAGAUCCAAUGCAUAACUAUGUAAAUACAGAGAAUGUAACAGUGCCAGCAAGUGCUCACAAAAUAGAAUAUUCAAGGCGUCGGGACUGCAUACCGACAGUCUUUAACUUUGAUAUCAGACGCCCGAGUUUAGAACACAGGCAGCUCAAUUACAUACAGGUUGACUUGGAAGGAGGCAGUGACUCCGACAACCCUCAGACUCCAAAAACGCCUACAACUCCUCUUCCACAGACCCCUACCAGGCGCACAGAGCUGUAUGCUGUGAUAGACAUUGAGAAAACUGCUGCUAUGUCAAAUUUGCAGAAAGCACUACCACGAGAUGAUGGUACAUCUAGGAAAACUAGACAUAAUAGUACUGAUCUGCCCAUGUGAGCCUGGAAAGCAUUACAUUGUUUGCACCUUUGUGAAUUUUUUAAAAAUGAAGAUGCAAGUGCUUCAUUUUCUUUUCUAAACACUAACUCCUUUUAUAGACUGAUCAUUUUUUUUUAACUAUUUCAUGUGCUUCUUGAAAGGGAAUUAAUGUAGAGCAGGUACUCAUUAAAAACACUAAUUUCAUUAUAUACUACUCAUUCCUGUACAGCAGCACUCCCGUUUUCACAGUGCCUAUUUAAAAUGAGAGUUGAAGUGAGUGACAUGCUGGUUGAUUUUUAUCAAUAUUCGGGACUUACGCAUAUCCUUCAUGCAUAAGUCAUGGUUGGCAUUUAAAACAUUUUAUAAAGCCUCUUGAUAAUGUACAUUGCUAACAGAUAACUCUAGGCUUUGAAAGUAAUAUUUGUAGAUUCACUGUUCAUGGUAUGUGGCAUCUAGCAUGUAACAUGAGGAAUCCUUUAUUUCAUUAAUUGUAGGCUUUUUGACUUGAGCCAAACCAUAUGUAAAGGAAAUAGAAGUACCACACUCCUUAUAUACCAGUCAGUUCCUUUGCCUUCAGCUGACUAGAAAGUCCUGUGUCCGUGAAUGUGGUUGCUGUUGGUGUGUUGAAAGUCAGGAAGGAGACAAGAUUUUCUGUUCAUUCAUCUCAUGGUUAUUGGAAGGGCAUGCCCAGAUACCUGAAUCAGAAUUACGGUAGGCUCGAGAAUCGGUCUCAGGUCCCUUUACCCCAAAACAUUUGAAAAUCUGAACCGUGAUCUCUUGAAAGUGUCUCUCCUAUGGAUUAUUAACGAUAAUAUUGCUUAUGGAGGCAUUUGUGCCAUUAGAUUGCCAUUUACCUUCAGUUUUUUCCUUUGGUGUUUGGGAUGUCUCAUUUUGUUGCUUAAUGUCUCUUUCAAUUUAAAAUGUUUGAGUUUGUAAAUAGUUUUAAAAAUGGAUUA